GUGUUAACCGUUCAGUGCCGGCGGGUCUCCUGCCUACUCGGCUCUUUACGGUAUUCUCUCUACUGCACUUCGCAUUUUCGUUAAAACCGAAAGUAACAUAACGGACUCGUUUCCUCGCCUUCUGCCAUGAUGGACGCGCCCGUCGUCGUCAUCGUUGUUUUUCUGCUCCAGGUCUCCAUUUCAGAGUCUCUUCUCAUAGUUCAGACCACACAGCCUGACCCAGUGGUUCACGUGGGGUCAGAGGUCCUGCUGCAGUGUUCCUUCACGGUGACGUCAGGUGCCAUUGAUGUUAAACAGCUGACAGUCACCUGGAUACAAUAUGCACUGACCGUAGCAAAGUACGACCAGGAGGACCUCAUUGAGAGACCGAGACUGAGCCUGAACGCUGAGGGGAUGAAGAGUGGAAACGCAUCUCUGCUCAUCAGGUCUGUCCACUUUGACGAUGGCGGUCAGUACAGGUGUAUAGUGCAACAUAAAAGAAAAGAAGGAGACGUGGACAUCUAUGUGUCUGUCAGAGCGACUCCUCAGGUGUCCAUAAAGCUGGAAACGAACCUCAGUCUGUCUGAAGGAGUGGUGACCUGUGAAGCUGUGAGUUUCUACCCACGAGCCAUCAGCUUUAACAUCACAAGAAAGGGUGAGACGUUAAAAACAGAGAGGCUGACAUCGGAUCAAAGUCCAUCCAGGUGGCGUCUACCUGAUGGGUCCUUCAGUGCCAGGAGUGUCUACACCUUUGACGCAAGUGACAUCAGGAACAGCAGAGAUACAAUGAGCUGUGAAGUGACACAUGCAUCUGUGGAUCAGCCAAUCACAGUCUCCACCAAACCAGGGGUUCCAGUGGUCUCAUUGGUGGGUACUGCAGUGCUGCUCCAUGCCAGUCAGGUAGUCUGCUGUGCUAAGAACUUCUACCCAUCAAAGGUGGUCUUUACCUGGAGGAGGAGUGAGGAGGUCAUAAAGUCAGAGACCCCACAAGCAUCACGGACACCCACCGGCACCUUCACUGCAGAGAGCUCGUUAGAGUUCAUUCCAGACAGUCGAGAGCCAGUGUCCUGUCAAGUGGAGCACAUGACUGGCGCAUCUGAGAGGAAAUACGUCACAAAUGCCUGUGACUCCGGCAGGCUGGCGGCCCAGCUGAUGGAUGUGUUACGGAAAGUGGAGGCGCUGGCGUCUGAAAGCACCAAGGAGCAGGCCGUCGAGGACAUGUGUCGGCGCUGCCGAGAGCAGCUGGACAGUUUGCGGUCCGCCAUCACAGGGUUUUGGCCAGAAUUAGGAACACAACUGAACAAGUGGAACUCAGCAGGAGUAAGGAGCACAUUGGUGGAAUGACACCGCUGGUUGAGUCCACCUCAACUCACGGGGCUGUUCUGCAUUGGGCCUUCACUUCUGUGGUUAAACUGAAGCCUCCUCCUAAAGCAGUGCCUCUCUGGUGCCCACUCCUACAUCUGUGCUGCAGAUCUGGUGGGUCCUCCCCGGCUGAAUUCACCUGUAAAUGUGCAGAAUAGUUCAUAACUCCUUGUUAAGUGGAACUGAGGUCCUGACUUGGUCUUUUAUUUACACUCUUUCAGUUCCCCAGUGGGGACCCCAUUUGUCUGCAGGCUUAUGUUUUUUUAUGUUAUGUUAUGGUUUAUGUUUUUAGUCAGUGGGUCAUCUCACUUCUAACUGAUCUAAUUAAAGUAGCUUGUCUCUUUUUAACCUUCUCCUAUUCUGCAUUCUAAAAAGUACAGCAGUAUGAUUUUUACAUUUUUAAGACAAAAAUUAUGAAAUAUUUGUAUUUUGCCAUAGUUUUAAACAAGAGUAUUCUUAUGCACAUCAGGGCCCAGAACAUAACUGUCCUAAUAAGCACCUCCUCAGCCUCAGCCCCACAAAGAAGUGGCUAUUUAUCAUAACAGAACAUUACAAAUGCAUAUUACUGUAUAUAACAUUUGAACCCAAAUGCAGAACAUUACUGGCACAUUUUUUUUUUUAAACAUUUAAAAAAAAAUGCAAAAGAUUCUCAGUGUGCAACUCUGAAUAAAACAAAAUGUCUUUUUCACAUCAUGCAAAACAAACACGGUAGAUUGCAAGUCCUACCUUAUUGCACUCAUUUCUACAGAAUUCACCUCCUAGCUCUUUCAGCUGCUCUUGCAGUAAUGACUUCAUUAUUUACCUCAUUAAUUAAUCAUUUUUGCAGAAUUCACUUGACAGUCAAGCUUCCAUUUCAAGGGCCAUAAUCACAAGACCAUUCAGUCUUGGUACAUCAUGAAGUGCAAGACAAUUUUAAAGAAUUUCAUUCUACUAAAACAAUGUUCUGCUCUGGCCACAGUGUAAUGUGCAACAAAUGUGAAGUGCAAUGCACACAUCUGGGUACAUUAACUGAAGCUUCAUUUCAUGCAUGGUGUGAUGGAAGACAAGAUGGAUGGGCGUUCCAACAUCCUGGCUGACUUGAUUUAUGUUCCCUUUCCCAGUUAGGAGGCAAGUAGUGGAAAGGCAGAGAGAAACUGCCUCCUGGGACCAUGUAUUCUAACAGUACUCUGGGUGAAUUCAUCCCUUUCGUGGACUACCCAUUUAUGUAAUUACAAGGGAAGUGUGCGAGCUGUGGUCAUAAUGGGCAGCCCUGAUGGGGCACUUGGAUGUUGCCAGACACUCACCUAUCCUAGAGAAGCCAUGCCUGACCUGGAAGUGCUCCUAGGUGGUAAUCUUAUUGCACCAGAUGUACUCCUGGGUUCAGGUUGAAAAGGAACUUCUUUACCUCCUCCAAGUGAGUAAGAGUUGGGAGAAGAAAAGGAUCAUACUGAGGAUUAAAAAGAAGCCUUUGUUAAGGUAUUAUGUAAAGAGAGAAAAAUUUAUUUGAACCUGGGACUUGCAUGGGUGAUGAUGAGUCUAGGGUUUGGGGCUUAUUACAUCCCGUACUAGUCGCAACAGUAUUAAGCAAUUCCAGAGGUGUUGGUUCAAUUUUAAAAGUGACAGAGUAUAUCUUCUUCAGUGGCUUAAUUUCACAUUAAAGGUGAUCUGUUGUCAGGCCUGCUUAAAAAGAUUAUUCAAAUAUUGCAAUUUGUUCAGAAUGCUGCUUUCAAAAUGUUUGCCAAAAUUAAGAAAACGAGAAUACAUUACUCCAGUACUAAGAUCAUUACAUUGGCUUCCAGUCAACUAUAGGAUUGAUUUUAAGAUACUGGUUUUAAAAUACAAGUUACUAAACAACUUAGGCCCAAAAUACACCACAGAGGUGCUAACCGUUUAUAGACCUAAUAGACCUCUUAGAUCCUUAGGGCCGAGCAGCUGGUUAUACUCAGAGUAAGAUCAAAACAGGGUGAAAUGGCUUUUAGCCGUUAUGCAAUGCAAAAAUGGAAUAAUCGGCCAAAACAUGUUAGUGAUGCCCCAACAGUAGAAACUUUCGAAUCAAAUUUAAAAACAUUCUUAUUUUUCUGUGUAUUUGACUGAUUAUGUACUGUGCUUUACUAUUAUUGAACCAUUUUAUUCUCUUCAUUUUACAUAAAAGAACUCAAAAGGACACAGGAAAAGGUUUGGGGGCAGAAGCCUGUAUACCUGAAAUAGGUUGCCAAAAGUGAAGGUUGUGGUUCAAAAGUUGACAGAUUUCAGUCCAAACAAGAACAAACUGACAGGAAAACAAGGUGUUUUUAAAGACAGGCAAUGUAAGUUAUGUCAUUGAGGCAGGAACCAGAAAUGACGUUAUCAGGGCCGGAACCAUAAGUGACGUCAUCUGAUCCAGGCGAGAUUUCCCAUGGUUGGUGUACUCUGCCACCCCCUGGUCUGGCAUGGAAUUAUCCCUUUGUGCGACCUUCAGCUGUCUCCUAUGUGCAUGUGUGUAACAGUUUUAACUUUCUGUCAGUUUUCUGUCUUUCUAACCAUCAUUUGGUUGUAUUUUAUUUCUUAAUUGUAUUUUGUCCUAAUCAUGUAAAGCACUUUGAAUUGCCUAAUGUUAAGAAAUGUGCUAUAUAAAUAAACUUACUUUGCUUUGGUUU